CGGGCUGAAACUGGGUGGUUAGUGCAAAACUUAUUUUCGGUCCCGGUACACGUGCGCCAGAUCGUUCUCAGUUGGAAGCCACCAGAGCAGAAUUUUGCACCAUCAUGUCUCGAAGUCAAAUUUUUUGGACUUGUUCCAACACGUAGUGGUCUAUUGCGAGGAAGCAGCUUCAAGGCUAAGGAAGCGCGUCAACAGAAAUCUGGAUCCAACUCCAAGUUGCGGUAGCAACUCCAAGAAGUUUUUUUUUUUUUGUAGUAAGUACAUGCAGGUCGAGCUUUUGCUUUUCAGGAAAAGAAAGAAUACGAAAUGCUUUAGCCAGCUCUAAAUAUCAGCACGCAAGAAAUUUUAGGGUAAGUUGCAACAGAAAUAGAUACAGAAUGACAAGGACCACGAGAUUGUGAUUGAUAAUAAAGACAAACUAGGCACUAGAAAGACAUAUAAUUAAAGCGUCGCAGUCGCAGAGUAGCGUUCUUGCGCACAUCGAAUAAAAUGCAUCAUUUCAACAUCACCCACAUCGACAUCCAUAUCUAGCAUCUGCAUAUCGACUACAAAAAAUAGAAAAAUGUAAAUAAAAAUGUGUUGUAACAGGGUCUUGAAAUGAUCAUUAUCUGAGCAGGACCGGAGCUCACGCCUUCACCACUGCAUGUACAACUUUGCGCAUGACCAACGAAUCAUGGAUCUCUGAGAAUAAUGAAGAAAAGGAAAACAAAGGCACAUCAAAAGGA